UCAUUUUAACAUAUUGGACAAAAAACUUCGGAAAAUAUGUAGAAUUUUACAAAUAAAAUUUAAAUAUUGAAAUUAUAUUCAAAAUUCUAGUGAAUUAAAUAAAUUAAAAAUUACUGUUUAACUUAUUGAAUAAUUUAAUGUUUGCUAUCUGAGUUUUGUUAGCGAAAAAUUAGUACUUAAAACUUAUUGUGGAAGUAAAUUAGUGUUAUGGUAUCAAACGGUUUCAAAUUGUUUAGUUCUGGCACCAAACAGCAUUGUUCAGAGGUAUUGCGAUUCGAAGAAACUGUAAUUCUUGGUCUACUUCGCUGAGGAGGUAAAGGUGACUGAUUAACUGCCUAUCGCAUCGGAAAUUAGCUCAUUACGGAGAUAUACUGCACAAGUGUGUGCGCAAUACACAGGUGCAUUCUGUUCCUUCACUCUCAUAGUUCGGUGAGACGGCAAUCCGACAUGGUCGGAGAGACAUCAGGCGCAAGACCAACGGUGUUACGUGCUUUCCAACUGAAAUAACAAGAAAUGCUGCAAAUCCCGCGGAAUUUAUGUUUGACUAUCGACGCUCAUCAGAAAUGGCUAGGUUUAUUGAAACAAGCAAAAGAGCUGGUGGAGGACGACUCUGAUCUUCAGGAUAAAGCAGAGAAUGGUUUCCGGAUCAAAGAGCGUGCGUUUCCGCCGGAGUUCCUCGGCAGGCACUACGCAGUGUACUGCUCGCUUAUCAACAGGAUGUAUGACGCGUACCUCAACAGCGUGCAUUUGCAACGAGCGCCGUACAUGCUCGAGAUCAUUGCUGUUUUUAUUAAACGUCUAUAUGAGUUACGAAAUGAAUUAGUACAUUUGAUCGUAAACGACUACAUUUAUUUGGAUGCAGCUCUGGUCCAGCUCAGAUUUGAACCUGCUGACGUCGAGAUAAUAGUGCCUUACCACUUCCCGUUAGAAAGUAGGCCAGAGAGCGCUGAAAACCUUCUUCAAAAGAUGUGGACAGAAGCCGUGAAGAGGAAAAAUAAACCACCGGAGAAGGAAAAAUCCUUUGAGAGAAAACGUAAUCCAUUUGGAGAGGAUGACGACGAACAAGGCAGUGAGAAAGAAUCUAAAGAGUCCAUUAAAGAUGUGGAUGAGAUAACACAAACAAUAUCAGAAGAUUGUACGCAGACACUAAUAAUACAGAAAUGUGAACGUUAUAGACAAUAUUACGUCCAAUACUGCAGAAAUAAAAACCGGCUGCGAAAAUUGUAUUACGCCGAUAAAACGCCAGAAGCUCCGCUGCACAUUAAAAAUAAAGCUGCCAAGUUAAUUCAAAGAGUUUAUAGGCUGUAUAUGAAAGUAAAAAGGAAAAAUAAUGUUAAAAUCCAAGAAGACAUACUGAUCGGAUACAUAGCGGACCCGUUUAAGAAACGUUUGAGCUUGGAAGAGGAGAAUAACAAGAUUUACGAGCGACGUCGCAAAACAAGAAUGAAAUUACAAGAGACGUAUAAUAAAGAGAUGGAAAGAGAAAACAAGAGAUUGAUCCUGUUUAAGAAAAACAACCAGAUUGAUGACAUAACGGAUCAAAUAAAUGUGUGGUUUAAAGAGUGGUACUACGGUUACGGGUUCUUCCCGGAAUAUCCGUUCGAUAUCGAAGGCGGGACCAUGCUGGUGCUGCGCGGGGAAUACCCAACCGUAGAAGAGAAGAGGGAAGAAGAUGAAAAGAUAGAGGCGGCUACGAAAGGAAAGACACCGGAACAACUGAAAACGGAAAAAGAGCAAGCGAAGCUGGAUGCAGCAUUGAAGGCAGAAGCAGAGAAGGAACAGCAGAAGAGAGAAGCGGAACAGCUGUUCAAGUUGAGAUGUAACCCUUUUGCUGACAUUGGGUAUAAAGUAGAGAGCUCUGAACAUAUGGAGAGUUUGAUGCAGGCACUAAACAAGUACCGCGCGGCGUGGUCGAUAUAUGACAAGUUUCCCCCGCAUCAGUGCAGGGACAAUGUGUAUGGAUACAUCAAAUCCAUCAUGACUGACGACCUGAUGUGCCAGCUGCAUCAGGACUGCAGGGUCUACGUCGACGAGCUGAUGAGGGCGGACCAAAAGUUGUUGGUGAAAAUGCACCAAAUAAUGUACAAGAACGUGGGAUGGAAGUAUCCAAAACUGAACCAACGGAAGAAGCCCAAGCCUGCGUCGAUC